AUGUCAAAUUCCAAAUAUGCUCCCGAAAAGGAGGGAUCAAAAAAACAUAUUGAUUACAGUUUACAAUUUAAUCGAUGGUUUCUUAAGCCAAUCGGUGCGUGGCCAAAAAAAAAUACAUCGAGUUCAGUGUGUAAAAUCAUGAUAUUAUUACAAAUUUUCAUUUGUUCAAGCAUAAUAGCAGUCCCAACGAUACCGUGUUUAUUAUAUGUGCUAUUUGAGGCAGAGAAUAUCCAGCAAAAACUAAAUACCAUGAUGCCACUAAUCAACAGAUUUAUGAGCUCGAUGCAUUACUGGGUGUUGCUCAAACGUAGAGAUGACAUUCACAAAUUGAUACGACAUAUGGAGACGGACUGGAAUACCGUGCAAAGGAUCAAUGAACGUGAAGUGAUGUUACAACAUGCCAAGUUCGGCCGUUUCAUUACCAUAAUCUGUGGGAUAAUGCUGCAGGGCGGUUGCCUAUUGUUCGCCCUAAGACAAUCGAUGAAAACUGCUACCAUUACCAUUGGCAACGAGACUUUUACAACGCAUCUGACAACGUGUCCGAUUUAUAGCAAAAUCAUCGAUACGAGAUUUACCCCUCUGAAUGAAAUCGCGUUGGUACUGCAAAACCUGGUAAUAUUAGUAAUAAGUUUCUGUACUGCCGGUGGUUGCAGUCUGGCUGCUGUCUUCGCAAUACAUGCUUGUGGUCAGUUGAAUGUUCUGUACGCGUGGUUACAUGAACUAGUUGAAAACAAUGCGAAGGGAAAUGAUAAGACUGAACAAAAACUGGCUGCUAUAGUAGAACAUCAUCUUAGAAUAUUGAGUUUUAUAUCACAAGUGGAAAGCAUUAUGCACAAAGCCGCUCUUGUGGAAUUAACGGGAUGCACGAUAAUUAUGUCCUUGCUUGGAUAUUAUACUAUUAUGGCUUGGGAAACACUUGAUACGGCAAAAGUAACAUCUUCCCUUAUUGUAUAUUUAUCAAUGGGUUUCAAUAUAUUUAUAUUCUGCUACAUCGGAGAGAUUAUCACAGAACAGUGCAAACUUGUUGGGGAAAUGGCAUAUAUGACUGACUGGUAUAAUCUACAUCAUAAAACCGCACGUAGUCUUAUUCUGAUCAUCGCUCGAUCGAAUGACGUAAUUAAGAUCACAGCAGGAAAAUUAUUCCGUUUGUCUAUCGCAACAUUUGGUAAUGUAAUUAAAACUUCUGUGGUAUAUUUAAAUUUCUUGCGAACAAUGACUACAGCGCUUCUUCAUAUUCCGAUGAGUUAUCGUCCAUGGCAGUACAUUGUGUGCCUUCGUGCAGCGAUCAUGUCAAAUUCCAAAUGUGCACUAGGAAGCGACAGGCUAAAGAAACAUAUCGAUUACAAUUUACAGUUUAAUCAUUGGCUUCUCAAGCCGAUCGGUGCGUGGCCACAAAAGAAUGCAUCGAGUUCAUUAUGCAAACUCAUGAUAUUACUACAAAUUUUCAUUUGUUCAAGCCUAAUAGCAGUCACAACGAUACCGUGUUUAUUGUAUGUAUUAUUUGAGAAACAGAAUAUCAAGCAAAAAUUGAAUGCAGUGGGACCAGUGAUCAACAGAUUUGUGAGCUCAGUACAAUACUGGGUGUUACUCAAGCGUAGUGGUGACAUUAAAAAAUUAAUGCGACAUAUGGAGACAGACUGGAAUAUCGUGCAAAGUAUCGAUGAACGUGAAGUGAUGUUACAACAUGCCAAGUUCGGUCGUUUCAUUACCGUAAUCUGUGGGAUAAUGCUGCAGGGCGGUUACUUAUUGUUCGCCCUAAGACAAUCGAUGAAAACUGCUACCAUCACUAUUGGCAACGAGACUUUUACAACGCAUCUGACAACGUGUCCGAUUUAUAGCAAAAUCAUCGAUACGAGAUUUACCCCUCUGAAUGAAAUCGCAUUGGUACUGCAAAACCUGGUAAUAUUAGUAAUAGGUUUCUGUACUGCCGGUGGUUGCAGUUUGGCUGCUGUCUUCGCGAUACAUGCUUGUGGUCAGUUGAACGUUCUGUACGCGUGGUUACAUGAACUAGUUGAAAACAAUGCGAAGGGAAAUGAUAAAGCUGAACAAAAACUGGCUGCUAUAGUAGAACAUCAUCUUAGAAUAUUGAGUUUUAUAUCACAAGUGGAAAGCAUUAUGCAUAAAGCUGCUCUUGUGCAAUUAACGGGAUGCACGAUAACCAUGUCCUUGCUUGGAUAUUAUACUAUUAUGGCCUGGGAAACACUUGACACGGCAAAAGUAACAACCUCCCUUAUUGUAUAUUUAUCGCUGGGUUUCAAUAUAUUUAUAUUCUGCUACAUCGGAGAGAUUAUCACAGAACAAUGCAAACUUGUCGGGGAAAUGGCAUAUAUGACUGACUGGUAUAAUCUACAUCAUAAAACCGCACGUAGUCUUAUUCUGAUCAUCGCUCGAUCGAAUGACGUAAUUAAGAUCACAGCAGGAAAAUUAUUCCGUUUGUCUAUCGCAACAUUUGGUAAUGUAAUUAAAACUUCUGUGGUAUAUUUAAAUUUCUUGCGAACAAUGACUACAUAA